CUUUAUAAGCGGAGGUGAUAUGGGAAGUCUUUCGCAGACAUGUCUUGUCCGUUUUUACGUCAGGAAUGCGUUGCUGAAGACUGCACACAGGUCCCCAUCAAGGCCCCACCUGGCCCAAAUGAAGGGGAUUUUUUGAACAGAAAGGGAUUUCACAGUGUAAAUGUGCAAAUGGUGUGCGACUCCAUGUUCCACAUCACAAAUGUGGAAGCCACAUGGCCUGGUUCUGUGGGUGACUCCAAGAUUUUCAGAGAGUCACAUUUAUGCACAUUAUUUGAACGUGGUGCUGACGAUGGGAUCCUGUUUGGCGACAGGGGCUAUGCCUUCAGGCAGGCAGUACUUCAUGACACCAUUCCCUGGACCACAAACCCGUUACAAUGCAGCUCUAGCCAGGACAAGGCCACGCAUUGAAAUGACCUUUGGCCAACUAAAGGAAGAUUUCAGUGUCUUAAGGGUCUGAGGGUUGCACCUGGAGAGGACCCCUGUGGUGGAGGUGCAGCCUGAUGAUGACCUCCAGCCAGUGCACUUGGACCAAUAGUGGCAGAGCUGCACGGGACAGAAUUGUGGAACACGAUUUUAUGAAUUCUUUUUUUUUACACA